AUGCAGGUAUGGGACACGGACGCCCAGGAGGGCGUGGGCUUCGCCACCCGGCAGAUGGCCGGCCUCACCAAACCCACCACCAUCAUCGAGGUGGAGGGCGACAAGAUCACGGUGAAGACCCAAAGCACCUUCAAGAGCACGGAGAUCAGCUUCAAGCUGGGUGAGGAGUUUGACGAGACGACGGCGGACGACAGGCACGUCAAGUCCUUGGUCAAGCUGGAUGGAGGCAAACUCAUCCACGUGCAGAAGUGGGAUGGGAAGGAGACAUCGCUGGUCCGGGAGCUGAAGGAUGGGAAAUUAAUUCUGACUCUCACCAUGGGCAACGUCGUCUCCACCCGCACCUAUGAGAGGGCGACAUAGGCGCCGUCCCCAGCUCCCCCGCCCGUCACCCGGUGCCGCAUUCACCCCC